AUGGCUUGGGCUCUUGUUUCUACUAUCAAGGACCAGCUUAGUUCUUUCAUUGCUUCAGAGUUCUCAUCGAUUGCAAAUGUCAAGGGAGAAGUGCAAAAGCUUGAAAGCAAAUUCCACAUCAUCCAAGCAAUGCUCAAUGAUGCAGAGAAACGGCAAGUGAAGGAGGAAGCUGUGAAGCUUUGGUUAGAUAAACUCAAAGACGUAUCCUACCAGGUGGAUGACGUGUUGGAUGAGUGGAACACUGCCAUGAUCAAAGAAAAGAUUGAGAAACAACAAAAAGAUGAAGAAGAAAAGGCUGAAACUAGAGCUGCUAAGAAGAGAAAGGUAUGGCUCCCCGUCUCAAUUCCUAAUCUUUUUCAGCAUCGUGUUAUUGCUCGUGAGAUAAAAGAACUUAAUGAAAAAUUAGAUGAGAUUAACAAAGAGAGGGAGAUGUUCGGGUUUGAAUUGAGUAGGGCCAUUGAAGUAGUUGAGAGACCAAAAACUACUUCCUUUGUUGAUGUGGCUAAAAUUCUUGGUCGUGAUGAGGUUAGGAAGGAUCUAGUGAGCAUCCUACUGGGUGAGGGUAAUCAAAAAGAAGAAAGAAGCCCUUAUGUCAUUUCUUUAGUGGGCAUGGGUGGUAUUGGAAAAACUACUCUUGCUCAACUAGCCUAUAACGAAGUGAAGACCCAUUUUGAUAUGAAAGUGUGGGUUUGUGUUUCUAACUCUUUCAAUAAGUACAAGAUUGCCAUGGAAAUCCUUGAAUCUAUUCAAUAUAAAUCCCCCAAUAUGACUGCAUCGCAAAGUUCAUUGGAAUCUGAAAUCCUGGAAUUUCUUGAAUCUCAAUCCCCUAACAUGACUGCAUUGCAAACUCUAUUGGAAACAAUUUGUAGAAAAGUUGAGGGAAAGAAGUUUUUUCUUGUCUUAGAUGAUGUGUGGAAUGAAGACUCCACAAUGUGGGAGCCAUUCAAACUUGCACUCAAAUGUGUUGCUAAUGGCAGUAGAAUUCUAGUCACUACACGUAAAACUAGAGUUGCAGAGAUAAUGGAAAGUGUGAGCAUUAUUAAUUUGAAGGAAUUGUCAAAAGAAGAUUGUUGGUUGGUGUUUAGUAAAAUAGCAUUUUUUGAUAGGGAUUCUAAUCAACGUGAGCAACUAGAAGGUCUUGGUAGGCAAAUAGUAGAAAAAUGCAAAGGCUUGCCACUUGCCGCAAAGACUCUAGGGAGUCUCAUGCGCUUCAAGAGAAGUAUACAAGAAUGGAAGAGUGUUCUGGAUAGCAAUUUGUGGCAAUUGGAAGAUGCGGAAAUAAAAAGUAUUUUUGCACCAUUGUUAUUUAGUUACUAUGAUUUAUCGUCACCAUUGAGACGAUGCUUCUCAUUUUGUGCUGUUUUUCCGAAAGGUUAUGUCUUUUCUAUCGAUGAGUUGGUAUUUAUGUGGAUAGCACAAGGAUAUAUCAAGUCAAAUGCAAAUAUGGAGAUAGAAAUCAUGGCGAGAGACUACUUUGAAAACUUAGCCAUACGCUCUUUAUUCCAAGAUUUUGAGAAAGAUAAGGAUGAUGGCAAGAUAAUAAGGUGUAAAAUGCAUGACAUAGUGCAUGACGUUGCACAAUUAAUGUCAAAAAAUGAAUGCUUCACAAUCAAUAGUGACAUAAAUUUGGGAUUAGAUUAUAAAAAUGCUCGCCAUUUGCAAUUAAAAAUUCUCAAAGAAGCCCAAAUUCCCGAGUCAAUUUAUAGUGCAAGCAAUCUACGCACCCUCAUUCUUGUAUUUCAAGGUGAUUAUAACUUAUCUACCCUAUUCCAACAUUUUAGAUGUUUACGGACAUUAACUUUGAAUUUUGAAUAUGGUGAUAUGUUGAAGGAACUUCCAGAUGUAGUGGAAAAUUUCAUACAUUUGAGGUAUCUCUUUUUACAUAAAUAUGAUGACAAUUUGCCUGAAACCAUUUGUUCAAGAAAUUACCACAAGGAAUGA